AUGACUUUACUCAACGAGUCAGAUGCGACCUCCCCUCCCUCCUUCCCUCUCUUGUCCCUUGAGCACAAUUUCUCCAUGCUUGUCACCCAUGACCCUUUCUACUCAUCCAUAUCCUUCCCCACCUCCUCCUCUUCCCCCUCCUCCUCACUGACUUCCACAAACUGCACAAGUUCGCCUUCAGCCUCCUCUCCUCCGUACAACUUCUACGCAGUGCUGCUGGUGCUUCUCAUCUUCUGCGUGGUGUUCGGUAAUGUGCUGGUGUGUGUGGCGGUUUCACGGGAGCGUGCUCUGCAGACCACCACUAACUACCUCAUUGUUUCCCUGGCUGUGUCAGACCUGCUGCUCGCCACGCUGGUCAUGCCCUGGGGCGUCUACAUGGAGGUGGUGGGGGAGUGGCGCUUCAGUCUCAUCCACUGUGACAUCCUGCUCACCCUGGACGUCAUGAUGUGCACUGCCAGUAUCCUCAACCUCUGUGCCAUCAGCAUAGACAGAUACACAGCAGUGGCCAUGCCGAUGCUCUACAACACUAGAUACAGUUCCAGGAGGAGGGUGGCAGUGAUGAUUGCUGUGGUGUGGUUCCUGUCUUUUACCAUCUCCUGCCCAUUACUGUUUGGACUCAACAACACUGCUAACCGGGAAGGCACCACGUGCUCCUUUGCAGACCCAGCCUUCGUCGUGUACUCAUCUGUGGCCUCCUUCUACGUUCCCUUCAUUGUAACAUUGCUGGUGUAUGCGCAGAUCUGCGUGGUGCUGCGCAAACGAGGCAGGCGCACCGCACCACCGCGCAGACAUGGCCUCCAUGCUCAAGGCGGAGUUGAAGCGGGAGAAGGUCAUCGACACAGGAAGAAUAAGUGUACACAACCAGAGGAUGUGAAGUUGUGCGCCCUGAUCCUGAGACCCCCCACCGCUGCACCCCAGCGCAAGAAAGUUACGCUGGUGAAGGAGGCAGUAGUUCACCCGCUCGAGGUGGAGCCGGGUCAGUUCCUGCCGCAGACCGAGCAAAGCCUUGCCCCUCCACCUGUUCCCCAAACCUCUUCCCACUCUGGACGUGCCAAGAUUUCUCUGUCCAUCUCUGUCGGACCCGCCCCGGUUCUUCCCUCAACUGUGACACGAUCUGCCUUGAUGCCUCGCCCCCCGACCCUCGAUGACGGCAUGAGGGGACGUGAAGGAUGGAGGGAGCACAGCGGAGGUAGAGAUAAAUGGGGGAUCACCAAGGAGAGGGUGAGAGGGAGGCUGUCACAGCAGAAGGAGAGAAAGGCUACGCAGAUGCUCGCUAUUGUGCUUGGUGUAUUUAUCAUCUGCUGGCUGCCCUUCUUCCUGACCCACGUGCUGAAAGCUCACUGCAGGAGCUGCUGUAUCUCACCCUCUCUGUACAGCGCGGUCACAUGGCUGGGAUACCUUAACAGUGCCGUCAACCCUGUCAUCUACACCACUUUCAACAUUGAGUUUCGCAAAGCCUUCAUCAAGAUCCUGCACUGCUGA